AUGUCUCGAUUAAAAUCAGUGGAAGACUUGGAAAAAGAAAUUUAUACAGAGGCACUUCCAUUGAUACUGGAAGGACUGAAUGCUCUGUUGGCUGAGAAGCCUAAAGAUGCGAUGGCGUUUUUGGGAGAAUAUUUUUUGUCGAGAAAUCAGCCAGCUGUUCCAUCGAGGAUAUCCAAGAAGACGAAGGUCGUCAAGAUUCCAAAUUACGAGGGAAAGACAGUUGAAGAUCUCAAAAAUAUCAUCGAGAGCAUGCAUAUAACGACAGAUACUUACGAUCGACUGAUGUCGUCGAAGCAAGAAGAACGUGGAGCCGUUGCUCUAGAACUGCUUACAAGACCUGAUCCGGAGUCUUUAAUCAUGUCAGAACUUGUCAAAACAUUGCGCCCUGACGAUUCUUGA